AAGAGAAUAUCAUAAAAAUGCAGUCAUAAUAAACUUUGAAUAGAAAUGAAUUUCAUCUCUACUAGUCUAUUGCUAUUUUUAUCGAUUGGAUCAUUAUUAAUUAUGCCAGUGGUAAUUACCGAAUUCAGUAAUCUUUAUAUUCCAAUUGAAUUUAAUGAAAAUAAUCAAAUGUACCUUCGGAUGGAACAACUCAAGUUUGUAUUGGAUAAGGACGAUCAGUUGACAGUUAAAGAUGGUGAUUGUGUAACAACAGUGGAUUUGGCAGCACCGAAUGCCAAAGAAGUUAAAGCUCAUAAAGCAUUUAGGCAAGUGACAAGAAUAUGUACAUCAUGGUAUAGCAAAAACGUGGCAAAAAAGUCUAAUUCAACCGUUAAAAAGUAGUACAUUUUGCUAAAAUGUGAAAAUUUUACUUUGCAAAAAAAAUUUCAAUAAAACUGAUUAUUGAUUGUAUGUUUUUAACUUUUAUUCAUCUUGUUUUGUAUUAUUGAUUAAUGAUUAGCAUUAUAGAUUGAUAAAGAUUCUUCAGUUUCAUUUAGACCAUGAACCGACCAAUGUAAGAUCAUUAUUGAGAAGCUUGAAACUGUUUCGUCCUAGUAUGAGAUUUUUAAGCAUUGUGUUGUAUAACGUCAGUGAUUGACUAUUAGCAGGAAAAGUUUAAUUGAUUACUUUGAAUGCAAUUUUAUAUAUAAGACCAAUGGAAUAAAUGUGACGAGAACAAAAGCC